AUGCCAUCGAGCCCAGCGUCGUCUCCGCCCUCUGGACCCCCCGCGCUCUUCCGCUCGACGUGGUUCCGACUCGUCCUCCUCGUGUCCGCACCGCUGGUCGUGCUCCUGUUGUUGCUCUGGGGACUCGUCGGUCGUCUCUUUACACUCUCUCCACAGUCCGUAGCUGCUGCAUCGUUUGCCCUCCCGUGGUUCGUGUACCUCUUUCGCCCGCACGAUCCCGUGCAUCUACUCGACUGGCCCCUCGUCAUCUCCCUCGGCAUUGCAGUCCUCUCGCAGCUGCCGCGAUACAAUAGCCAAGUCGCCCAUGCAGUCGUGACAGCGACGCUCCAAGUUUACGUCAUCCUCCGCAUAACCCUCACGAGUCCAGAGAGCGGCAGCACCGACAAGUCCCUUUUCGACGCUUUUGCAGCUCUCUGCUGUCUCGCACCUGUCUGGCUCUCCAUUUGCAACUUGCACUUGUGGCUGCCGUCUGACGUGAAGGAGCUCGAGAAGCUCGAGAAGAAGGUGUACGAGCAGUUUGUCGAGACGGGCUUUACAAUGACCAAGAUUGCGGGUCUUGGCACGGUUCAUGUCCCCUUCUGUGGAGACGACCAGCAAGCUCGACCUCGAACCUUGGUGCUGGUGCAUGGAUACAUGGCGUCGAAUGCGUUUUGGGCUGCAAGCCUUCAAUUUCUUGCCAAGUCCUAUAACGUGUACGCAGUAGAGUGGAAAGGCAUUGGCCGGUCGAAUCGACCAAGAUGGCAUCCAGCGUCAGAUGAAGAAAUGGAUGACUUCUUUGUUGAGUCACUGGAAGACUGGAGGCGUGCACUGGACCUCGAUCGCUUUGUACUUUGUGGACAUUCCAUGGGGGCUAUGUACAGUACUUACUUUGCCGAAAAGUAUUCGCAACACGUCGAGCAUCUUAUCCUGGUAUCCCCUGCAGGAGUCAACCGCAGCGACUUGACCCAAGAUGGUCUGCCCUUCUUUAUAAAGCUCACAUCUCGAUUCUACAUCACACCAAUGAGUGCAGUUCGGUUCGCUGGUCCACUUGGCCCAAGCCUAGUACGCUGGUCAUGGAGGCAACGCAUAAAAUGGGUGCCAGCUACGAAUAUCGUCCGAUCUGGGGAGCUAGACUUUGGUCUCAUUACGGACUAUUGCUAUCACAACUGGGCUCUUCAGGCCUCAGGUGAUAUUGCAUUUUACACCCACUUACACCCGGGCGCAAGUGCUCGACGCCGUCCAUUGAACGAGAUCCUCACCCCGGAGAAACUUCAGGUGCCACUCACUAUUAUGUACGGUGGUGGCAUGGACUGGAUGAACUCGAAGCACGGUGAGACAGUCGUCCGCCGGCUGGAAAAGACACAGUAUGCUGUUUUCCGCCUGGUGCCCAUAUCGGGUCACCAAGUAUUUAUGGACAACCCAGGCGAUUUCAAUCAAAUACUGGUCGAGGAGGUGCACAAUCAAGAGCAUGCGGCCGCGACAUGCAACUAG